AUGAUUUUCUUCUUAUUUAAGAGACUUGACGUUCAAAAUGAAUGUCAAGUCAUGAUUUUCUCCUUAUUUAAGAGACUUGACGUUCAAAAUGAAUGUCAAGUCAUGAUUUUCUCUUUAUUUAAGAGACUUGACGUUCAAAAUGAAUGUCAAGUCAUGAUUUUCUCUUUAUUUAAGAGACUUGACGUUCAAAAUGAAUGUCAAGUCAUGAUUUUCUCCUUAUUUAAGAGACUUGACGUUCAAAAUGAAUGUUGCUUCAUGAUUUUCUCCUUAUUUAAGAGACUUGACGUUCAAAAUGAAUGUCAAGUCAUGAUUUUCUCUUUAUUUAAGAGACUUGACGUUCAAAAUGAAUGUCAAGUCAUGAUUUUCUCUUUAUUUAAGAGACUUGACGUUCAAAAUGAAUGUCAAGUCAUGAUUUUCUCCUUAUUUAAGAGACUUGACGUUCAAAAUGAAUGUUGCUUCAUGAUUUUCUCCUUAUUUAAGAGACUUGACGUUCAAAAUGAAUGUCAAGUCAUGAUUUUCUUCUUAUUUAAGAGACUUGACGUUCAAAAUGAAUGUCAAGUCAUGAUUUUCUCCUUAUUUAAGAGACUUGACGUUCAAAAUGAAUGUUGCUUCAUGAUUUUCUCCUUAUUUAAGAGACUUGACGUUCAAAAUGAAUGUCAAGUCAUGAUUUUCUUCUUAUUUAAGAGACUUGACGUUCAAAAUGAAUGUCAAGUCAUGAUUUUCUCUUUAUUUAAGAGACUUGACGUUCAAAAUGAAUGUCAAGUCAUGAUUUUCUCUUUAUUUAAGAGACUUGACGUUCAAAAUGAAUGUCAAGUCAUGAUUUUCUCCUUAUUUAAGAGACUUGACGUUCAAAAUGAAUGUUGCUUCAUGAUUUUCUCCUUAUUUAAGAGACUUGACGUUCAAAAUGAAUGUCAAGUCAUGAUUUUCUUCUUAUUUAAGAGACUUGACGUUCAAAAUGAAUGUCAAGUCAUGAUUUUCUCCUUAUUUAAGAGACUUGACGUUCAAAAUGAAUGUUGCUUCAUGAUUUUCUCCUUAUUUAAGAGACUUGACGUUCAAAAUGAAUGUCAAGUCAUGAUUUUCUUCUUAUUUAAGAGACUUGACGUUCAAAAUGAAUGUCAAGUCAUGAUUUUCUCUUUAUUUAAGAGACUUGACGUUCAAAAUGAAUGUCAAGUCAUGAUUUUCUCUUUAUUUAAGAGACUUGACGUUCAAAAUGAAUGUCAAGUCAUGAUUUUCUCCUUAUUUAAGAGACUUGACGUUCAAAAUGAAUGUUGCUUCAUGAUUUUCUCCUUAUUUAAGAGACUUGACGUUCAAAAUGAAUGUCAAGUCAUGAUUUUCUUCUUAUUUAAGAGACUUGACGUUCAAAAUGAAUGUCAAGUCAUGAUUUUCUCCUUAUUUAAGAGACUUGACGUUCAAAAUGAAUGUUGCUUCAUGAUUUUCUCCUUAUUUAAGAGACUUGACGUUCAAAAUGAAUGUCAAGUCAUGAUUUUCUUCUUAUUUAAGAGACUUGACGUUCAAAAUGAAUGUCAAGUCAUGAUUUUCUCCUUAUUUAAGAGACUUGACGUUCAAAAUGAAUGUCAAGUCAUGAUUUUCUUCUUAUUUAAGAGACUUGACGUUCAAAAUGAAUGUCAAGUCAUGAUUUUCUCUUUAUUUAAGAGACUUGACGUUCAAAAUGAAUGUCAAGUCAUGAUUUUCUCUUUAUUUAAGAGACUUGACGUUCAAAAUGAAUGUCAAGUCAUGAUUUUCUCCUAA